UUACUUACUUAGCAACCACAGUUCUAUUGUGCCUAAGGAUCGUCUCAAACUGCUAAAGCAAUAUUUGUGGAAAAAUAACAGCUGUGUUAAAGGCAUCAUGAACAAGUUUGAAGCAAACGCACUGCCAGGAAUGUCACGUUUUAGUUUUCUAACUUUCUCCCACAUUGGAUGUACUAUUAACGAGCUCUGGUCGACUGACAGUACCUCGCGAUCACUGUUAAACAUUAAAUAAGUGACACAUCUACCAUCUAAAUAUUUUUCGCAGUUGUUGGUUAACAAAACGCACCUUUGUUCUGGUUAAACUGCAAUCUGUAGCUGGUUAUCCAAACCAGAAAUUUCUUCUUCCUCUGAGAAAAGCACAAGCAGUGCGAGAGAGAAGCUUCAGCUUAAAGACAGAAGACCGACACAGAGACGACGACAAGGAAAACCUGUGUUUUCAGCUUCUCUCUGAGAAAAGAUGUCUUUCCAGUCCGAGGAGGAUCUUUCCUGCCCCGUCUGCCAUGAUAUCUUUAGGGAUCCCAUUUUCCUGUCAUGCAGCCACAGCUUCUGCAAGAUGUGUCUGAAGGACUGGUGGGCACAGAAGCUGGAACAGCAGUGCCCAGUCUGUAAGAAUAUAUCUGAACAGAGUGACCCACCCUGUAACUUGGUCCUAAAGAACCACGCUGAGGCCUACUUGCAGGAGAGAGAUCAGAGUGCUUCAGUGGAGUCUGAGGUUCUGUGCUGUCUGCACUUUGAGAAACUCAAACUCGUUUGUCUGGACCACCAGGAGCCAGCCUGUGUCAUCUGUCGUGAUUCGAGAGCACACGUCGACCACAAGUUCAAACCCAUUGAUGAGGCUGUGCAGGAUCACAAGAAAGCGCUUCAGAAAUCUCUGGAACCAUUACAGGACAAACUGAAGGUCUUACAAAAAGUGCAAGAAAACUUUGAUAUAACACAGCAACGCAUAAAAUUCCAAGAUCAACACAUAGAGAAACAAAUCAAGGAGCAGUUUAAGAAGUUUCACCAGUUUCUACACGAGGAAGAGAAGGUCAGGCUCAACGCUUUGAAGAAGGAAGAGCAAGAGAAGAGUCAGAAGAUAAAGGAGAAGACUGCGGCUUUGAGCAGAGAGAUGCCCUCUCUUUUACAAACAAUAGGAGCUGCAGAGGAAGUGCUGAGAGCUGAAGAUGUCUCAUUCCUGCAGAACUACAGCGCUACACUGAAAAGUGUCCAGCAGUAUCCCUCAACGUAUGAUCCACCGCUGGUCUCAGAAGCUCUUAUAGAUAUGGCUAAGCACCUGGGAAACCUGACUUACAACAUCUGGAACAAGAUGAAGGGGGUGGUUUUUUACGCUCCUGGGACUCCAAACGCUGGUCAUCCAGAACACUCCGUCUCCGAAGAUCUGACCAGUGAGAGGCACCAGUCUCCUGACAAGCCAGAAAGGUUUUGGAUUCUGUCCACUUACGAUGCCAGCAAAGUACGAGCCAGCGGCCCUGGGCUGACUAGCAGUGUCUCUGCCACAUUUCCCGCUGAGUUUAACAUUGACGCUAAAGAUGCUGGCCAGGGUGAACUGAGCGUGCUCGUCGUGGACCAGGGUGGUAAAGAUAAGCAGGCCAGCAUCCAUGACAACGGGGAAGGUACAUACCGGGUAUCAUACGUCCCCAACCGUGACGGCUGGUACACCAUCAUUAUAAAAUAUGGAGGUGAUGACAUCCCAGCAUCACCUUACAGAGUCCAUGCCACAUCAGCUGGUGCUGCCAGCAUGUCCGCAUUGAGUGGUCCUGACAUGCACCCCACUUUGGCUUUUGGUGAGGAGAUGUUUUUGUAUCCCAUUUCAGUGGCAGCACCGUUGGAAGAACACAGCCCUCAUUUGUCGCACAUUGUUGGGUUAUAUGGACUGCAGCAAGAUCUGCAAAGUCCACAAUGGCCAUGAAGCCCGCUAAAGCCAGAAGUGAUUAACUGCUAAAGGGAAUAGUCUGACUUUUACUUUAGAAAGACUUAAAUUAUUCCCAUUAGCAACACAAUUACACAAUUUAAUCAAUUAGCUAAUGUAGUUAUGAGACUAAUCAUUAAAGAUUAUAUUGCUAUAUGAAUGUUAUUAAAAAUGGGAAAUGGUUGAAUUUAAAAAAAUGAUAAUAACUUUUUAUAAGGCAUCUUUCUAAAGAAAGUUACAAGAGACAAAAGUAAAAGGAGAUACAAAUGAGUAAUAAAGAGAAUGAAAAAUCAGCCAAUUAAAGCUAAUAUAAAAAAUAAAUUACAUUUAAAAUGAUCACUGAGACAAGAUAAUUUAAAUAAUUAUGAAAGACAACAAAUGCUCAAAGUGGAGGUGUGGAGGCACAGGAAAAGCCUGAAAGAGAUACUGUUCCAAAGACAGGAUUGUGGGAUAGCAGAGCCUCGGCUGAGGACCUCAGGUUACGACCUGCUCGUACGAUGUGAGGACAUUUGAAAUAUACAGUGGCAUGAGCCCAGAUUGGACAGCAACAUCAAAUAAAAUCUAUUUUAGAAAUUGAUAGGUAGCCAUUAAUAAGUGUUGCUGUGCGUGUGUUGGACGCAUCAGAACCAGUCAUGAUUAUUCUGUCUUUUGCCCAUUUAGCUGCAGGAAGUUCUAUGGCAUCCAGCGUUUAAUUUAUGGAUACAGUACAUUGAGUUUGGAAAUGGUUCUAAAAUUAUCCAACAGAGUCUAGAGAGAGUAUUUUCAAAAGAGGUUUUAUGAGGUUUUUAAGUAUUUAGCUACAAUCUGUUAAUUCUGUUGUUGUACAUUUUAUCCUACUUGUGCUCAAGCCUCUGUAAUACAAACAUGUCACGCUUGCCAAAUGUUUUCUUGCAUCUUGUUCUUUAAAUAUCGAAUCCCAAAUAAAGAAAAUCUCUAAAGAAAUCUCCUACAAAAUGAUCUUCAUCCAUCCAGUGCAUUUUAGAGUUUAACAUUUGAUUUAGAGCAAUGAAUGUGUUUCCUGUGCAGUUUAUGGAAAGAGCAGAUCAUCACACUGCUUCACACUCACACACUGGUACUCUGGAAACAAGUGUCUAUGGGUGAUGUUUGACAGAUAUUCAUUAGUCCAUCUCCUCCCGACUUCCUCUGACAUACUGAACUCUGUGCCACGUUUUCCCAGCAUGCAGAUCUUUUGGGACAAAUUUUCCUGGUUGAAGCGUGGGGUGGGGGGACAGAGGUAAACUGUUUGAGGUAAUAUGGCUCUAGGCCUCUGAAAUCAUCUGAAAUCAUGGAGGCAAGGUGGUAAGUGUAUGGGUUUUUAAAAAAAUAAAAUAAAUGACAUAACAUUAAUUACCUAUAAAACUGUGUUUUAUAGCAAUCAGUAGAUCUGCAGACAUAUCAUAUGAGAUCAAGGAACAAACAUUCAGACAGACUGAAUAUUUCACUGUGAGUUUACCAUCUGGUACAGUACAUUAUUUACCCCAACAAAAUUUGUCCCUUGACAAAUGACUCAAUAUUUGUAAGUCCUCUUUGAAGGCAUCGUUUUGUGCUAGUUUAAUAAGCACAAGGUCAGUUGUCAGUGUUCCUGUCAUGGACAUUUAUGGGUUUUGCUGUUUUGUCUUUUUUGGCUAGUUGCUGAAUUCCCUGGAUUUGCUGCUGUAUGCCAUUGUGGAAAUGUUUACGUUUGUCAGAAUUUUUUCUCUCUUUCAUUACUUUGUUUGUGGUCCUUGUUUCAUGGCCUGGGGUCAGUUUACCCACUGUUUUUUGAGUUUGUUUGGACCAAAAUUAAUAC